AUGCCGUCGACGUCGCCCAUCUCUACCUUCUCACCGCCCUCCUCGCCGGACGAGGCUGGCGUCUCUCGAGCCCCGCACAAUCCAAACUAUGGCAUCGCCAAGUUCCAGCUGCAGCCGGCACCGCGAGAUCGCAGGUCGGCACGCGCUCGAUCCCCACGCCUCCGCCGUCGCGGCAGCCAAGACAGCCAGACUACGAUCAACGGCGGCGACAGUGGCAACUCCAGCGCCGAAGACGUCGACUUGGCCGUCGACGAAGCGCGUCAUGGACGGUUCCAGGAGCAUCUCAGCUGGGACGCACGGCCGUCCAGCUGCGACCUCGAUACGCCGCCUCGCCUCGACGCUCGUCUGCCCGCCGAUGUGGUCGGCAUCGCCACGGCACCCUCUCCCGGUCCCGAUCGCGAGGCGAUGCAGCAGCAAACAAAUCUCCGGCGGCAGCCCAGCGUCCCGCGAUCCGUGUACGAAGAGGUGCAGAGCCCCUCGUCAGCUUCAAUGGACGUGGACGAAUUCCCACUGCCGCUGGCCUCGGCCAUGCUCGAGGCGACGAGCCAGGGACAGGAUCCCAACGUCCGCCUCUCGGCCCAGGCGGGCACCGUGGCGCACUCGCGACGUGCCCACAUUCCCCUCCACGGCGCUGGUGCCUCGCCUCGACGCGUCAGCCUCCCUUCGCCCAGCACGGCCAGGCUGCGGCGCUUUUCAUCGAGCUCUUCCCUCCGCUCGAUGUCACCUCGCUCUCCGGCAGCGUGCCAAGUCGUUGUGGGCAGGAGGGGACAGGAACGCCUCAAGCGACAGCGCGAGUCCACCAUCCUCACCCUGCCGCCCAUGAGCCCCCUGACUCCUCGGCGGGCCGAGACUCUGCACACCCCCACCCGCGUCCGCGCCGACGCCGUCCGAGCACAGCAGGUCAACGGCCACCUGGCCGUCGAGACGCCCGCGCCCGCAUCCCGUGCUGCGGCAGAGGCCGGCGACGACAUCGAGCGCACACCGCUCUCGGCGACGCUCAAGGAGAUUGGCGCGAAGCGGGCCACAUUCUUCUACACGCCACCCGAAGCAGUCGAAGCGGACUACAACGUGCCCGCCUGGGCUAGCAGGUUCCAGGCCAACCACCACCGUCGCCACGUCCUCGAGGACAACAAGAAGGCCAUCGAGGCGUUUCGUCCGCUGCAGCUCGUCGACUCGUCCGCAACCUCCGUGGCCCCCGCUCUUAUCGCCACUGACGCCACCACGGACACCGACGUCGAGACAACUGUCAAGCGCGAAGACUUCGGUGCCGAGGUUGCUGGACUUAGCCUUCCGCAGCUGACGGUCGCGGGCGACAUCAUGCCCUUCAGCCCCAACGGCGAUCUCCUGAGCGGUGAUCCAUCAGCACUGUUGCCCCGAUCGCGCCUCGGCCAGCAGGAACAAGCUGCGAGUGCCGUGGCGAUCCGAACUCUGGCCACGCCGCGAGACCGACAGCACGGCGCGCCCGCCAAGGUGCAGAGUACGGGGCGCGGUCUGUUUCUGCGUCCGGACGGCGGCCAUGGCUCGAACCGCGUCUCACAUCUCGUCGACGCGAUCAAGACGUUGAAGCCAUCACCUCGAAAGGGCUGGAACCUCUCGAUCCCGUAUCGCCGUCACACCACCGAGGCCGAGGCGCGCUCCGCCUCGAACACGGGUGCCAUCGAGGAGAGGCGCGAUGGAUGGGGCGGGAUCCUGACGCGGUGCAGCUGGUUCAGCAGCGACGUCAAAGGGCCCCUCAUCUCGCCGUGCCCUCCUCUCGUUCCCUCACCGUCCAACGGAGAUGGCUCAAAGGUAGGCUUCGACGGCGAGGCAGAUGGAGUCGCAAAGCCGUCCGGGUCGGCCAGGAAGCUGGAACGUCGAGCGAGGUUCAAGAGCCUCGACCGGCUCGUCGAGGCCAUCCCUCGGCCGGCCUCGGACGACAGCAGCGAGAGGAUCGAGGAGCUGGCCGAGGCGGACGAGUGGGAGGACCUGCCGCUUUCUCCUUCGCCUUCCCUCUGCUCUUCAUCCGACGAGACGCUACUGGACGCCUCGUCGUCCUCGCAGAAGUCGUCGCUGGAGAAGGGCGCCCCGCGCUUCGUCAAGACCGUCGACCCGGCCUCGUUCUCCAAGCCGCUUCCGGACCAUUCUGCGCCGACAAAGGAGGGAGGUCAACGUCGGACGGGAUGGCAGCGUCUCUUUGAACUCGGUCGGUCCUCCUGCUCCUCGCUCCUCGCCUCGCCUGCCGCUACGGCGUCGACCAGGAAGAAGGAGGGACAGUUCGUGUACGACGACGAGGUAUUCGUCAUCGGUCGUCGUCGUGCCCCCUCUGUCUCUUCCUCUCGCACCUCGUCGUCGUCAUUCGGGGACAAGGCCGACAGAUCCGGAGACAAGGGCGAGCGGAGCAUCGUCCAGGUCGGCGAGGGCAGCGUCGAGUCGCGACCGCUUCCGGGUGUGGAAGAGGUGAGGAGGACGAGGAAGCGGAGGGCCAUGGUGCACCUCCUCGUCCUCUUCCUCCUCGUCGCCUCGGUCGGUCUCAACAUUGCGCUGUUCAUCGAGAGGUCCGAUGUGCAUAUCCAUCCCGUCGCCUCGGCUGCAGCCUCGACCUCAUCGGUCCGCGCGCAGGUUCCGGUCGAUGGGCAGCACUCGGCCGCCCUCAACGGCGGUGCUGGCUCGACGAUUGCUCCGACCUACACGUCUCCUCUGCCGAACCAGGCUUCCACCGUCGCUGCCGUACCCACCGCUGCAUCCAAUCCAACCACCACCACCGCCACCGCCACUGGCCCAGACACCUCGUCUGAUAGCGCCGCCACCGACGAUGCGGACGACGCGACAAUCUCCGACAGCGAUUCGCCAGAGGAGAUCCAGAGCAAGCUGGAGCAGCAAGGCCGCAUCACGGCCAUCAGGCACGCCGCUGCCCUCUCGGGCCAGCCCCAGUCCCAGCCCCAACGUCGCUCCAUCUUGCAGCAUCGCCAACACCUGUCCAGUCGUUUCUCUGGCUUCUUCUGA